GCAGGAAGGCGCCCGGCGGCGGGUUCCGCGCGCGCGCAGCUGUUUUCCUUCCCCUUCCUGCCCGGCGCCGCUCCCGUCGGCGGCGGCGACUGCCUGGCCCGGCCCGGCCCGGCCCGGCCCGGCCGCCGCCAUGAGCGAGAAGGGCGAGCUGGACCUGACCGGCGCCAAGCAGAACACCGGCAUGUGGCUGGUGAAGGUCCCCAAAUAUUUGUCACAACAGUGGAAUAAAGCUUCAGGAAGAGGUGAAGUGGGGAAACUAAGGAUUGCCAAAAAUCAAGGAAGAACAGAAGUGUCAUUUACUUUGAAUGAAGAACUUGCAAGCAUCAAUGAUAUUGGAGGAAAACCUGCUUCAGUCAGUGCACCAAGGGAACAUCCAUUUCUUUUGCAAAGUGUGGGAGGACAGACCUUAACAGUAUUCACAGAAAGUUCAGUAGAAAGCCAACCAGAAGAAAAAUCAGAAAGCAGCGGUGCUGACAAACUUUCCCUGGAAGGAAUAGUGGUACAACGUGCUGAAUGCAGACCUGCAGCUAGCGAAAAUUAUAUGAAACUGAAAAGACUACAGAUAGAAGAAUCUUCUAAACCUGUCAGGCUAUCACAGCAGCUGGACAAAGCUGUAACUACCAAUUAUAAACCUGUGGCUAAUCAUCAAUAUAACAUUGAAUAUGAAAAGAAAAAGAAAGAAGAUGGAAAACGGGCUCGAGCUGAUAAACAGCAAGUGUUGGACAUGCUUUUUUCAGCCUUUGAGAAACAUCAGUAUUACAACAUUAAAGACCUGGUGGACAUAACCAAACAGCCAGUGAUAUACUUGAAAGAAAUUUUAAGAGAAAUAGGCAUCUACAACGUUAAGGGGACCCACAAAAACACAUGGGAGCUGAAGCCAGAAUACAGACAUUAUCAAGGAGAAGAUAAGAGCGAUUAACAAAAUUGUUUCUGAAGCAAAAGAAAACUAUAGAUUAGAGUGAUUGCACUGAGGGAACUGUUGUGGGUUUACAGACAGGACUGAGCGCAGCUCAAGUCUACAAGAUAAAUUUAAAUUAAAACAACUGAUACUUUGUAAUUUUCCUUAGCUUAAUUUUUUUUUCAAAUGAAUAUUUCUUGUAAGUUUCUAUAAGUGUUUGUCUUUGGACAAAAAAAUAUUUAUAGAAUAAACAGCUAUUAGAUUUAUCUUUAUUAGAGAUCUUCUGAGUUCUGAAUUUACUUUUUUAUUAAAAGCUUCUUUGUGGUUUUUCUAAGCCUUGAUAACUUUGAAGGAAAACAUGGCCUAGAGGAAGCCAUAACUUUGUGGUUUUGCAUUCCAGUAGCACCAAGUUCGUACACUCGCUCCUGCUGUGACUUUUAAGGGCUCAGCGUGGAAGGCUGCAGAGAGGCGCGGGCAUUAUGCUCCUUUGCAGCUCGGGCUUUAGGAAAAAUAGCCACAGCCGCGGUGCUCACCGCAGUCCUCAGACUUCAUGGGAACAAAUGAACACACACCCUCACACGAGAAAAAAACCCAAUAGCAAAGACCGCUUGACAUGCAGGUCAGUGAGGAGGAAGACAAUUUCUUCCACGUGAUUACUGAGGGAAAAAAUGAAUAUCUGCCUAUUAGGUAUAUCAAGGAACAGGUUACUCUUUUGUCUGUUUUUUAAAAUGUUACCGAUGUUUCAUGUUUAAGUGUAUCAAUAAAAGCGGUAUUCUAAUUUGUA